AUGUCGGACGACGGGAGCGCGAGCGAUGGGUCGAUGUGGAGUCUUCCGGCGAGCGCGAUGCGACGACGGAAGGAGGGCGAAGAGGCGCGCGCGCGGUGUGACGGCGCGGUGACGCCGGCGUGGAUCGCCGCGGCGCGAGUGCGACGGUGGGACGAGGACGCGGACGAGGACGACGCGGGCGGCGACGCGGGCGGGACGGGACGGGACGGGCGAGCGACGACGACGACGACGACGGAGGGACGAAUCGAGGCGCUUUUGGUUGAGAACGCGUCGUUGAAACGUAAGAUGCGGGAGAUGGCGCGUGAUUUUGAUGCGCAUUGGGAGACGGAGACGGCGGCGGUGCGCGCGGCGGUGCGCGCGCGGGACGCCGAGUGGACGAGACGCGUCGACAGGUAUAGAAGAAUCGCGAGCGAGGUCAGGGCGGCGCACGAAGUCGAUCGAGCGAAGUGGGCCGCGGUGGAGCGAUCUCGUGAGAAACCAUCGACGGCGGCGAUCGAAAAGUUGAAAUCCGACGUCGCGCGCGUCAAGACGUCGCUUCGAGAGCUCAAAAGCGUCGCCGAGCUGGCGAAUCGUCUCGUCGCCCCCGCGGUGGCGUGCGCGCUCGACGGGGUGCGACGGACGCUCGGCGGCGUCGACGACGCCGCAAAGGGAUAG